GAUACCGUGCUUGUCUGUAUACAAAACCGCUUUAAUGCUCACAUGUAGGGUAAUUACAAAACGGCAAAGAACCAAAAUCAAACAUCGACUAAAAUAAAGCAGAAGUUUGAUUAAAUUGACUUAAUUGAGCCUAAAAAAUGUACGAUCCAAUAGACGAAGAUGAUGAUCACUAUGACAAUACAGAGGAAGAUGAUGAGAUUUCAAAAGAAUUGUGGCAAGAAGCUUGUUGGACAGUUAUCAGCUCAUAUUUUGAAGAAAAAGGUCUUGUUCGUCAGCAACUUGAUUCUUUUGAUGAAUUUAUUCAGAUGUCAGUUCAAAGAAUUGUUGAAGAAUCUCCUCCUAUUGAAUUACAAGCUGAAACUCAAUAUACAGAAAAUGAAAUAGAAGAACCUACUCGGUAUCAAUUAAAGUUUGAACAGAUUUAUUUAUCAAAACCGACUCAUUGGGAAAAAGAUGGUGCUCCUAAACCUAUGAUGCCAAAUGAAGCUAGAUUAAGAAAUCUUACCUACUCUGCACCUUUGUAUGUAGAUAUUUCUAAAACAAUUACCAGAAGUGGUCAGGAACCAGAAACUGAAGAACACAGCAAAAUAUACAUUGGAAAAAUACCUAUUAUGUUACGUUCGACGUAUUGUGUUCUUAGUGGUCUUGUAGACCGUGACUUAACUGAAUUAAAUGAAUGUCCAUUAGACCCUGGUGGAUAUUUUAUUAUAAAUGGUUCAGAAAAAGUAUUGAUUGCUCAAGAAAAAAUGGCUACCAACACUGUUUAUGUUUUUCAUAAAAAAGACUCAAAGUAUGCAUAUUCGUGUGAGAUAAGAUCAUGUUUAGAGCAGUCAUCAAGGCCUACGAGUACAAUGUUUAUAUCUAUGUUAGCAAAAGGUGGUGGAGGAGGAGCUAAAAAAAGCGCAAUAGGACAGCGUAUUAUUGCAACAAUUCCUUAUAUCUGUCAAGAGAUUCCUAUUAUGAUUGUUUUUCGUGCACUUGGAUUUGUUUCUGACCGAGAUAUCUUAGAGCAUAUAAUCUAUGAUUUUACUGAUCAAGAAAUGAUGGAAAUGGUAAAACCAUCGCUUGAUGAAGCCUUUGUUGUCCAAGAACAAAAUGUUGCAUUGAAUUUUAUCGGAACACGUGGUGCAAGACCAGGUGUUACAAAAGAAAAACGUAUUAAAUAUGCAAGAGAAAUUCUACAGAAAGAAAUGUUGCCACAUGUGGGUACAAGUGAUUUCUGUGAAACAAAAAAAGCUUAUUUUUUAGGAUAUAUGGUUCACAGAAUAUUAUUAGCAGCUCUUGGAAGAAGAGAACUUGAUGAUCGUGAUCACUAUGGAAACAAGCGUUUAGAUUUAGCUGGUCCUUUGCUUGCUUUUUUAUUCAGAGGGUUGUUUAAAAAUUUAAUGAAAGAGGUUCGUCUGUAUGCUCAAAAGUUUAUUGAUAAAGGUAAAGAUUUCAAGAUAGAGUUGGCUAUAAAAACCAAAACAAUAACAGAUGGAUUAAGGUAUUCUCUCGCUACUGGAAAUUGGGGUGAUCAAAAAAAAGCUCACCAAGCUCGUGCUGGUGUGUCCCAGGUAUUAAAUAGAUUGACGUUUGCUUCAACGUUAUCACAUCUUAGGAGGUUAAACUCUCCGAUCGGUAGAGAUGGUAAAUUAGCAAGACCUCGUCAAUUGCACAAUACUCAUUGGGGAAUGAUCUGUCCAGCAGAGACUCCAGAAGGUCAAGCUGUUGGAUUAGUAAAAAACCUUGCUCUUAUGGCAUAUAUAUCAGUUGGUUCUCAACCAAGUCCUAUUUUGGAAUUUUUAGAAGAAUGGGCAAUGGAAAAUCUUGAAGAAAUAAGUCCUUCUGCAAUAAAAGAUGCUACAAAAAUAUUUGUGAAUGGGUGCUGGGUUGGAAUACAUCGUGAUCCUGAACAACUUAUUUUGACACUAAGAAGAUUAAGAAGACAGAUGGAUAUCAUUGUGUCUGAGGUUUCUAUGGUUCGAGAUAUACGUGAUAAAGAAAUACGAAUUUACACAGAUGCUGGGCGAGUUUGUCGUCCACUUCUUAUUGUAGAAAAUCAAAAAUUGCUUUUAAAGAAAAGUCACGUGGAUCAGUUAAAAGAAAGAGAAAUGAACAAUUUUGGCUGGCAAGAUUUGGUCAGUAAAGGUGUUGUUGAGUACAUUGAUGUUAAUGAAGAAGAAACUGCUAUGAUAGCAAUGAGUUUAGAAGAUUUAGAAGAGCGUGAACAUAAAUACUCUUCAACAUAUACUCAUUCAGAGAUUCACCCAUCAAUGAUACUUGGUGUAUGUGCUUCCAUUAUUCCGUUUCCUGAUCAUAAUCAGUCACCUCGUAACACUUAUCAAUCUGCUAUGGGUAAACAAGCCAUGGGUGUUUAUAUAACAAACUUUCAUGUACGUAUGGAUACACUUGCUCAUGUUUUAUACUAUCCACAAAAGCCUCUAGUUACUACCAGAUCUAUGGACUUUUUAAAGUUUAGAGAACUUCCUGCUGGGAUUAAUUCAAUUGUUGCUAUUGCUUCUUACACUGGAUACAAUCAAGAGGAUUCUGUGUUAUUAAAUGCUUCUGCAAUCAAUAGAGGUUUAUACAGAUCAGUAUUUUAUCGAUCAUAUCGAGAUGAAGAAUCAAGGAAAGGAUUAGAUCAAGAAGAAAAAUUUGAAAAACCAAACCGAGAUGAAACAACCGGUAUGAGGGCGGCAAUAUAUGAUAAACUUGAUGAUGAUGGUCUAAUACCUCCAGGCUCAAGGGUUAGUGGAGAUGAUGUUAUUAUUGGCAAGACAGUCACAUUGCCAGAUGAUGAAGAUGAAACUGAUAGCCAAGCUAAACAUUUUAAAAAGAGAGAUGCAAGUACUUUCUUAAGGGCCAGUGAAACUGGAAUUGUUGAUCAAGUCAUGCUUACUAUAAAUGAAGAAGGUUAUAAAUUUUGCAAAAUAAAAGUUCGGUCAGUACGCAUUCCUCAAAUUGGUGACAAAUUUGCAAGUCGUCAUGGACAAAAAGGAACCUGCGGCAUAACAUAUAGACAAGAGGAUAUGCCAUUUACAUGUGAAGGAAUUUCUCCAGAUAUUAUCAUAAAUCCGCAUGCUAUCCCUUCUCGUAUGACCAUUGGACAUUUGAUAGAAUGCUUACAAGGAAAGGUUUCUGCAAACAAAGGUGAAAUAGGUGAUGCAACACCAUUUAAUGAUGCUGUCAAUGUACAACUUGUUUCCAGCUUAUUACAAGAAUAUGGUUAUCACUUGCGUGGAAAUGAGGUUUUAUAUAAUGGCUUCACAGGACGCAAGUUGAAUGCUCAAGUUUUUCUCGGUCCAACUUAUUAUCAGCGCUUAAAACACAUGGUUGACGAUAAAAUUCACUCACGUGCCAGAGGGCCAGUUCAAAUUCUUACAAGACAGCCUAUGGAAGGUCGAUCAAGGGAUGGUGGACUUCGUUUUGGUGAAAUGGAGCGUGAUUGUCAAAUUGCUCAUGGUGCUGCUCAAUUUUUAAAUGAGCGUUUGUUUGAAGCAUCUGAUGCAUAUCGUGUUCAUGUUUGCAAUCUUUGUGGGCUUAUUGCUAUUGCCAACCUCAGGAAUAACACUUUUGAAUGUCGCAGUUGCAAAAACAAAACUCAGGUUUCUCAGAUACGUAUACCCUAUGCGUGCAAGCUUCUAUUUCAAGAACUUAUGUCUAUGAGCAUUGCUCCCAGAAUGAUGGUAGAUGGAAACAAAUCUAUAUAGACCAUAUAUGGCUAUUACUUUGAAGUAACCACAUUAACCAAAGACAUUCCAGUCAAAAAAAUCAUUUCAGUUGCUUGUUAACAACUUUUUUCUCAGAAUGGUUAGACGAGUAUAAUACGAGUGUUUGUGUAAAAUGUCUUAAAUAUUUAUUAUAAGAGAAAGUCAAAAAUUUUUUAAAAUUUAA